AUGUCGGGUGGUUCAGAUGAUUAUGAUAAUAAGACGACGGAGAGACAGGAGGUUGAACAAUAUCAGAGAGACCCUUCACCAGUAAAGAGAUCAUUUGGUGGAAAAGUAAAGAGACAUUGUGCUCGAUUUUGGUGGAUUCAUCUUAUUGUUUUUUGCAUAGUAUUCCUCAUCAUUGCAUUAUGUCUUGUUUAUGUCGCCAUGCCAAAGAUUGCCCAAGAUGGCGUUAAUGAUUCUUCUCUCGAAAUCACUGAACUUCAAUUCACAAAUCCAGCUCCAGAUACCAUUGUUCUUAGUCAAGUAGGCACACUUCACAGUCCAUCAAUGUACACACCUACAUUAGAUCCAUUCAACGCUUCCUCCUACCUAGUAACAAACGGAACAUACGCAUCAGAACCGAUGGUAAUCAUUCCACUUCCCAAAAUCCACGCUCUUCACCCCAAAUCCACCAUCUCAGUGAAAAACCAAGAAGUAUCUAUCUACAACAUCGACGCCCUAUCAGACUACACCACUGCAGUCCUAAGCAACGAAUACGUCACCACUGCUCUCGUCGGAAAAACGAAAUUACACGAAGGAGCCCUCCCAGUCACCUCUAUCAAAUACAACAAAACAAGCACAUACAAAGGACUCAACGGUUUAAAAGGUUUCAACGUAACCAACGUCCGCGUCAACCUCACCGCAUUAACAGGCCCCAAUCUCUCCGGAGACGCAUACAUUCCCAAUCCCUCCAACAUGACCAUCGUCAUGGGUAACGUCACCUUGGAACUUAGCACCUCGACGGCCGGCGUGGUGGGUAAUACCACGAUUGAAAAUAUGACGCUAGUACCGGGGAAAAGUACGCUUCCGAUGGUGGGAACAUUGAAUCAGGCAAAGGUGAUUGCGAGUAUGGAUGCUAAAACCCAGUUGGUGGGGUUGAUCAUUAAGGGGAAGAGUGCAGUGUUUAAUGGACAGCAUUUGGUUUAUUAUGAGAAGGCGCUUUCGAAUAAUGUUUUGAGUUUAGAGUUGAAUGUUGGGAGGGUUUUGGCGGAUAGUGCGGCGGGGUUGUAG